AUGCCUGAUGAACACCCCUCCAAAUGUCCAAAACUUCAAUCUGAAGAGAUAAAUCGUGAUCCAGGAACAUGUAAACAAAUAUGUGAAUUUCCUAUCAACAAACAAGAUGAAAUCCGACGAGCUUAUCUCAUAAUAGGUCCAUACCAACCUAAAGAUAUAGUCUAUCCAUACAAUGAUGAUACUCAUUGUCAUCGAUUUCAACCUUCAUGGUUUGUUUCACAUAAGGAUUGGUUGGAAUACUCACCUUCAAUGGAUGCAUUAUAUUGUCUACCUUGCUAUCUUUUUAAGAAACCAAUAGGUCAUCCCGGAUCAGAUGUAUUCAUUUCAAUAGGUUUUAAUAAUUGGAAAAAGCUAAUUGAGAAACAAACGUCAAAAGAAUUAGAGAAUAAUCGGUUGCGACUCAAAACCUCAAUAGAGUGUGCUCGAUGGCUAGCAUUCCAAGCUUGUGCUUUUAGAGGUCAUGAUGAAAGCCUUGAUUCAAAAAAUAGAGGCAAUUUUAUUGAAUUGAUAAAACUCACAUCAACUUUCAAUGACAAAGUAGCUAGUGUUGUCUUGGAAAAUGCUCUUGGAAAUGCCAAAUAUACAUCACCCACAAUUCAAAAGGAGAUUUUUCAUAUUCUUGCUAAUAAUGUGCGAAAUGCUAUUCGUGAAGAAAUUGGAGAUGCAAAAUUCUGCAUUCUUGUUGAUGAAGCUUGGGAUGAAGACACUAUUGCAUUGACUUUAAAGAAUGAGAUAUGUGCUGUCCUUUCUUGUUAUAACCUCCACAUUGAAAAUAUUCGAGGUCAAGGAUAUGAUGGGGCUAGUAACAUGCAUGGUGAAUGGAAUGGAUUACAAGCUCUUUUUCUUAAAGAUUGCCCAUAUGCUUAUUAUGUACAUUGUAUGGCUCAUAGGUUGCAAUUAGCUCUAGUUAUAGCAUCUAGAGAAGUAAAAGAUGUUCAUCAAUUCUUUGAUCAUUUGGUUAAUAUUAUCAAUAUUGUUGUUGGUUCUAGUAAGCGUAAUGAUGAAUUGCAACAUGCUCAAGCAGAACAAGUUGAGAAUAUGAUUGCUUCUAAUGAAAUUAAGACUGGAAGAGGUGCAAACCAGAUUGGUACUUUGCAACGAGCUGGAGAUACUAGGUGGGGAUCUCAUUUUCAAUCUAUUUGUAGUUUGAUUAAAAUGUUUGAUGCUAUUUGCAAAGUCAUCAACACUAUUUCUGAGGAAGGGGCUAAUUAUAAACAACACGGUGAUGUCGAGGGAGCUUAUCAGGUAUUAACAUCAUUUGAAUUUAUUUUAAUCUUGCAUUUGAUGAAAGAGGUAAUGGGAAUUACUAAUGUUCUUUGUCAAGCUUUGCAACAACAAUCUCAAGACCUUUUAAAUGCCAUGCAUAUAGUUUCAACUACAAAAUCACUUAUUCAAAAGUUGAGAGAUGAUGGAUGGGAGCCUUUACUUGCUAGUGUUAUAUCAUUUUGUGAGCAACAUGAAAUUGAUAUUCCUGAUAUGAAUGCUCGUUACACUAAAGGUCGAGGUAGAUAUCGUCGUCAAGAUGACAAUUUAACAAUGGAACAUCAUUUUAGAAUUGGCAUAUUUACAGUUGCAAUAGACUUUCAAUUGCAAGAAUUGAAAAGUAGAUUUUGUGCGCUAACAACAGAAUUUGUCAUUCUUAGUUCAGCUUUAAAUCCCAACGAUGCUUUUAGAUUAUCCAAAAUUGUUGAUAUAUGCAAUUUGGUUAAGAAAUAUUAUCCUCAAGAUUUCACUGAACAUGAACAAGAACUUUUGGAGUCUCAAUUGCGACAUUAUGAGCUUGAUGUGAUAAAACAUCCAGAUUUUCAGAAUAUGAGUACAAUUUCCGAGCUAUGUAGGGGACUAAAAAUUUCAGGAAAGUCUAAAAUAUAUUUUUUGAUUGACAGACUUAUUCGUCUUGUGUUGACCCUUCCAGUUUCUACAACAACUACAGAACGAGCUUUCUCAGCUAUGAAGUUGUUAAAAACAAGACUUCGCAAUAGAAUGGAGGAUGAGCUUUUGGCAGAUAAUAUGAUAGUUUAUAUAGAGAAGGAAAUUGCAGGGAAAUUCACUAUAGAGAUGAUAAUGGAUGAAUUUUAUUCCAUGAAAAAUCGUCGUCAGGCAUGA